AUCUCGGGGAGAUUGGGUUUCCGAAUUGGAUACUUCUGGAGCCAGACGACGCAUAUCUUGGGUAUCCGAGGUCAGGCUGGCCAAGGUCUAAGCCCUCGAGGCUCCAUCCAUCGCUAUUACAGCCUCGCCUCGAAUUUUUCCAGCUUCUCAACAUCAUCAUCCUUCACGGAGAGCACAACACCCUCAGCUCAUCCUCCUCAUCCAAAUCUCCAUAUUCUUACGCAUCCAGAACCGCAUUUCUUCGAGCUUCUCAAGGUCAUCACUCCUCAAGGAAAGCACACCAUUUUCAGCUCAUUCCGCUCAUCAACAGCUCCAUAUUCUUGCGAAUUCAGGACCGUCGCCAUGGUUCUGGAGGCUCUUGUAGCGAUCAGUUUGACAGGAAAUAUCGUCCAAUUCGUCCACUUUGGCUGCUCCUUGUUUGCGAAAUGCCAAGAGGUAUAUCGUUCGACAUCUGGUACCACCUCGGAGCUUGAAGAACUUCAGGUUAUCGCAAAGCAUGUCGAAGAGCUUCUGUUAAAGAUUGAUGCUCCUCUGAAAAGCCAGCAAAGCGGAACGGGUAAAGUCACGAGUAGCCCGACCCUGGUCGAACUUGGGAAUCGCUGCCGGUCGGUUGCCUUCGACCUUAUCUCCGCCCUCGACGAUUUAAACGAGCGGGGGUCCAAAACAUCACGAAAAUGGCGAAGCUUUCGAAUGACCUUGGCCAGCAUAUGGAAGGAGGAUCAUAUUGUAAGACUAGAAGAAAGACUAGAGCGCUUGCGUGACCAGGUCAUGUUCCACCUUCAGGACCUCGUCCUUCAAAUACUGGACACAUGGAAGAAAGAGAGCGCCAUUAGAGAAUUAGAGACCGUCAACAUUCUUGGUAAAUUAGCUCAACAAUUACAGACAUUAGAAGGAGCGAUACCUGUUGCUCCCAAUGAAACCUUAUUGGAGGAUCUUAGGCUCAAGUUCACAAGCCUUUCGUCACUUAUCAAUCGCGAAUCAAAAAAACUCGCCAUACUCAAGAGUCUACGUUUCGAUAGUAUGCGAGUCCGGGAAUCUACCAUUGCAGAGGCACAUAAGCGGACAUACGAAUGGAUAUUCACACCAGAAACGCUCCCUGGCAGUGACCCACGAUCGAGGAUAAAGUUUCUUGACUGGCUGAAACACGGCAAUGGUUUAUACUGGGUAACCGGCAAGCCUGGGUCGGGAAAGUCAACAUUGAUGAGGUUCAUUGAAGAUCACAGCUCAACUUGUCGUGCAUUAGAUGAGUGGACUGGAUCGACGACGCUGAGAAAAGCUAGCUUCUAUUUUUGGAAUGCCGGUACAGAGAUGCAAAAGUCAUUGCCAGGUUUAUUUCAAUCUCUACUUUACAACGUCCUGAAAUCAUGCCCUGAUCUCAUUCCAACCAUUUGCGAGGAUCGUUGGGCGUGCCACGAGCAUUUGACAGUUGCGUCUGAUCCAUGGACAUUACAAGAACUCCGAGAAUGCUUCGCGAAAUUGAAAGGGGGGGAAGCAACCUCGAAUUUCUUCUUUCUAAUAGAUGGUCUCGACGAAUACAAUGGACACCACGAGGAAAUAGUCGAAAUCCUACAAGAUCUAGGCUCGUCGCCAAACAUCAAACUCUGUGUAUCAAGCCGCCCGUGGAACCGGUUCGAGUCUGCUUUUGGCUCAUCUGAUGCACUGAAACUGUAUCUCCAUACCCUAACAGCUGAGGACAUUGAGCUGUUCACGAAGGAGCAAUUGUUGAGCCAAAUAAAUCCCCUGGACCUUCAAGAAGAACUCGUCACCUAUCAGAGCAUUGCUAAUGAAAUCGUGGAAAGAGCAAAGGGUGUAUUCUUGUGGGUCUGCUUAGUUGUGCGUUCUCUCCGUGAAGGCAUGCUCAAUGGGGACACGAUCACGAUUCUCCAGGAACGGCUAGCAGCCUUACCUACGGACCUCGAGCCUUUCUUCGAGCAUAUCAUCAAUUCAGUGGAGGUGUUUUAUAAAAGGCAAAUGGCGACUUCUUUUCUCAUUGGCUUGGAAGCGCUAGAGCCCCUCAGGGUCAUGGACUACUCGUUUAUCGAAGACGAAAAGUCUACUAUCGGUCUCUCGCUCGAGUGGACUCCCAUGAGCAAAACCGAGAUCCAGAGUGCUACAAAAAAAACAUUGAAAUAUUUGAAUCGAUACAAGGGACUCCUGGAAGCUUCAGCCCAACCUGGAUCGCAGAUCGACCAUUUGGCCAUUGUGGAUUUCCUACAUCGUACGCUAAGAGACUUUCUGCAACUGCCAAAGCCACAGGCCAUGCUACGGUUACUAGUAAGCGAAGGGUUUGACGUGAGACAAACAAUG